CAAGGACUCCGAAGUCAAACUGGCAUCUCCAGUCCGCCCCUGUGCACACUUCCACCUCCCCUGCUCCAGCCCCCGAUUUGGUUCUAUUACUCCUCCUCGUCCACCCGGUCCGUCUUCUGUGCAAGAAACAAACAGCCAGGGGAAUCCAGUCACCCCUUGGAUCCGUCUCCCUGGGGCCGUCGGAGCCUCCAUGUCGCCAGUCUCCGAUGCCUCGCGUUGGCAGCCAGGCCAGCCAUGAGCAACAGUUCCCUUACCGGCCUCUACCAGUCUGCAAAUAGUAGCACCUCUACCCUCCGCCCUCGGACCGGCCGCCUCAUCUCCUACCUUGACGAUGAGGGCACCGAGUCCACUGCCAUCUCUACAUCCACAUCUUCUACCCCGCCACUAUUCCCCAGCAGAGGCGUCUCCCCCAACGACGCCGCGGUAUCGAGAUCCAAGUCGACGGACAGACCCCGAAAUGGUCGGGGGAGUAAAACGCGUGCAAGGUCAUCCUCGGGCAACUCAACCCCGACCGCAGGAAACCAGGGGUUGUGGGAACCAUGGACCUCGCUCCAGGGCUUCGCGUCCACGUUGCUAGGGAGCGAGGUGCCGGGUCCCUCGAAGGAUAAGGCUGCAGGCUCGUUCAAGAAGCCUCUCUGGAUGAAACAAGACAACCACUAUGGCUCGAAGAGCGCCGCGCCGCAAUGGGGUCCCUCGAUCCAAUCCACCACAACUCUCCUCCAGGGCAGUGUCGAAGAACGACAGGCAAUGGUCCAGGCCAAGAAGAGGGAAGCACUGCUCCUUGCAAGCGUAUCAGAGAACCGCGAUCGUCUGGGCAAGUUUAAGAGGCGGGACUCGGACGCGGACGCUGCCACGGCGGCUCCCUCAGACCAGAGUGAAGACGCCCUUGUUUACAUGCACAAAGUCGAGAAAGGGGACACGCUGGCCGGAGUCAUCAUCAAGUACAACUGCCAGCCUGAGCUCUUCCGAAAGGUAAACCGAUUCUGGCCGAAUGACAACAUUCAGACCCGAACUCAUGUCUUGAUACCCCUGGAGGGCUCCACUGUUAAGGGUAGGAAAGUCGACAGUCCAUAUCUCUCCAGAGAUCUCUUCGAUCCAGAAUCCGACCGCUUCCCUACCCAAGAGCUCUCGAACGCAAGAUCGAAAGACAUCAACAUCUCCUCAUUCAAUGGUGUUCACGACCCUAGGACAAAUCCGACCAUCUCAUCUUCUGCUCUAACCUCGGAACCCCUGUCGCUCAUCACCUCUCUCUCCGAAGAAAUCGAGUUCAAACAUGACUGCUGGGUCAUGCUGCCCAACUUCAAAGAAGCGACCGAAGUCCUACGCGUCCCUCGUCGUGCGCUAGGCUAUUUCCCCCGUGCCCGUCGGAAAUCAAACGCCACCAUCACCACCUCACCUUCCUCUACACCCAAAACCUCCUUCGACCUGCUCCGCCAUCCGCCCACUCAUGCCGCGCAGCUUUCGGCUUCGUUGAAUGCCUCCCCCGUCCGCCGGCCCAAUUUCCCCUCGUCCCGGCUCAGCUCGUCCGGCCGCCAACGAUCUUCCAGCGCCACAGGAGGCAACCCCUUCGCCGAUGCCCUCCGCGGGCCCGGUGGUGUCGGCACGCUUCGCGGCCUGCGCACAGAAACCUCGCGUCCAGGCCCGGCCGACGACCCGCUGAAUCGCAAAUUCAACCAAUACUUCCCAGACUUCCUACCACCGCCCGGAGAGACGCCCCGAACGGGGUUCAGCGCGAGAACACCCACAUCGCGAUCGACGCCACGCGCGAGCUCCGAGUCGGUAAGGAGCCUACGCUCCAACUCGAAUAGUUCAGGUUUGACAGGGGACGUGGGCGGCACGAUCGAAGGGUGGAUGCGGAAAAUGGCGGGCGCCGCGGGGAAAAGGGACCGGAAUGCCGCCGUGGACCGAAUGGGCGAUCUGAUCGAGUUGGAGACGAACUCGGAAGUCCACGAGGACAGGCACGUUCAGAGGGAGGAAGUAGAGGGCGAAGACGGCGAGGACAUCACCACGCCGAGAGCCAGCACGACCGAGUCUGCAACGGACGAGGCGCUUCUGAACGAGAGGUUUCCCAUGCGGGGCCGGGUGAGGAACGCAUACGUCUCUCAGAGCUCGUCGGGGAAAGAUAAGGACGAUUGAUGGACGCACUUGUCAAGGGCACACGCACAACACGGAUAUGGUUUUUCUUUUGGCUAUCUUUGGACGGGUCUCGCAACAAAUCGCUAUGGAUGUGGAUAUGGAUAUGGAUAUGGGGACAUACACGUACGGGUGCGUGCCGAUGCUAUUAGGCAUAUACCUAGGUACCUGCCAAUAACAUGCAUGCAUGCAUAUCCAGCCCCGUGUAACUCGUCAAGACUAACCGUCCGUCCAAAUGACCGUCCGUUUGUGCGUCGACGGGAUGGUACCCAGGUAUGUAAUCACCCACGCACCGAGCACAGCACCUCGUACUCGAGACCUCGGACCUCGUGCCUUGUCGUUGGCGUGUGAGCUGUCGUGAACUAUUGGGCGAUCAAGACCAUCCGGCGCUUCUGGCCCUGCGUCGUAAGGGGCCAUACUGGAUACGGAGGACACGGCACAGAGCAGUCCACACCUAGGUACCAAGUAGUUAUAAUAAAAUAGAUUGCCAU